AUGGUUCAGCUGCAAAUAGCGUGUAUCUGUGCUGAUGAUGGAUGUCAUACUAUACUACAAACAAAAUGUAUGGGAACACCAUAUUAUGGCUUAUUCGCUCUGAUAGCCCCCGGAUUGGUGUUACUCUUCGUUUUAAUCCUUUACUGCUGCAUUAAAAAGAAGCUAGAACCACGACGUAUCGUCAGUCCUUCGCCUCCCCAGCCCCUUGCGACUUCCUCUGGGACCUCAGGCGUCGAACGAAGCAACGGAGAAAAACCUAUCACCCACUACCCAAUUCCCCCAACCAUCAAAGCCAACGACCCUCCACCUCCAUACGAUUCCUCAGAUCCAGCGCAUCCCCCUGGAAAUAACUCUAACGGGGGACAGAUAAAUACUCGGACGCUACCUCCUGGAACUAUUCGCCAACCGCCGUCCGUGCCAGCACCCGCAUGGCAAGCCCCACCCCCCGGGGCCCCUCCGCAGAGUGACAACCCACCGAUGCCACAGCCCGACCCUCCUAAAACAUCAAAGCCUCACCCUCCUACAACGUCCCCAUCAGAUGACAACCCCCUCGCCACUGCUCCAGGGGCUUCAGGUAUCCACCCACCUCCCUCCCAGUGACAAAGCUCCGACGACGGCAGCUCCCACAGAAGGAGAGUCGCACUGACAAUGCAGCGAAUGCUUGAAUAAACAUCGGGUUUUAUUUCUAUAGUUCAAGGGCUCUUUAGUCAGCGUAUGUCUCGCUCAGAUAGGCGUCUACAUCGAAUGUUCUUUAAUUUGUGUUUUAAGUGUUUAGAUCUUUAACACGUUUUGAGAUAACUCUCUUUGACAUUUUCAAUACAAGCUUUUAAAAUGCUGAUGCGUCUCUGGCUGGACGUUCGGACAAGUAUUUUCAACAGAACCAUAGAUUGAAGCCAAUGUUCCACCGAGUAUUCCAAGAAAAAGAAGAGAGAAUUAUCCAGGCUCAUCUGUGCUUUAUCAGGAGCUUUCCUCAGCACCGACUGUGAUUGGAUUUUAUGAAGUUGAUAUUUAUAGAUUAUAUUUUGUACAUUAUACAAUCAUUUUGGCACAUCCACAUAAUUGGCAAAGACUAUUGCUAUACAGUACUUAUCCGCCCUGUCACAUUAACUUGGAUGAUUGGUAAAACCAUAGUGAUUCCUUACAAAGUUGAGACUUGAGACAAGACACCCGUCAG